AUGAAAAGAUCCAGGCUGGACGGCUCCGUUUGUGGCGCGGUGUUGAACCGCCAAGCAACGAAUCUGACAAGCGUUCAUAGGGCAAGGAGAAGCUUUUGCACCACUUCUGCCGCAGAGGCACUCGGACAAGCAGCAGCUCCGCCAACAUCUUGUGCCAAGAGCUCGCUAUGGAUCUCGUCGACUUUUAUGCUGGCAACCGAGACUCGCCGCGUGUCGCACGCCCUGCAGCCUGGCUUCCGUCGCCAACGCUACAGCUCGGCAGCGGUAUCGACCGCGAGGAAAAGCUCCUUACCAUACUCUUUGCUGCAGCCGAGUGGCGAGCACGACAAGAUGCAUCUCAUGUCUUUUGUGGAUGCGAGAGGAGAAGGGACCGUGCAAGAGCAUCUCGAUUUUCAUCGGGAUCCCUACCGGAGGGGAUACGCCCAGCCGGAACCCCCGAAGCUGCAAGUUUCCGAAAAGAGGCACAACAUUGAGUAUCCGAAAAGGGAGGAGACGCUCAAGACCUGCCCCGAGUCACAAGACGUCAUUGCGAGAUUAUGCUCUGCCAUAGCGCAGCGGCUGCGACAUCCGAACCGGGCUUCGCUCGACGCCAUAUACAGACUCUACACCCGACUUCCGGAGCCGCGCAUGUUGUUUCUGCCCUGGGCGUGGCGAAACAGGCUCUUGAAAGUCAUGGGCACGCCGUUCAGGCGCGACACGGAGUCCAUGCUGCGAUACUUUGCCCUGGUUGCGGAUGUCAAAAACGCCGGCCUCACCCUGCGUCGGACCCAGUGGAAUUUCGCGCUCGCUUUUGCAACCAAGUAUACCGCCCGAGCCACGAACCAAGAAAUGAAGUCGGCCCUGCGGCUGUGGCGCGAAAUGGAAAAGGAAGCCAACGUCAUGGGCAACGACGUGACAUUCAACGUCUUGUUCGAUGUUGCUGCCAAGUCUGGCCACUUCACGCUGGCCGAAAUGAUUUACAAGGAGAUGGAGACGCGCGGCAUCGGCUUUACCCGGUUUCACCAUGUCAGCCUCAUCCACUACUUUGGGCUCAAACUGGACUCUGGCGGCAUUCGAGCCGCCUACAAGGAAAUGGUCGACGCGGGCGAAAUGAUUGACCCCGUCGUCCUGAACUGCGUCAUAUCCGGGCUCCUACGAUGCGGCGAGGAAGACGCUGCCGAAUACACCUACCAGAAGAUGAGGAAUUCGCACGCGUCCGUGCCGGAUAUGCCGCGGAGGGACUACAUGAUGAAGAAGGUGGUUACCAAGGUCUUGAUGUUCUUUGCCAAGGUCGGCAAACAACACCCCCAGCUGAAGGAUUCGCUCCAGAUGAGUGUCCAGCGGGCCCCGGACCUGCACACAUACACGCUCCUGGUGCAACAUUACGCCAUCAGGGCGGGCAACCUCGCCAAGGUGGCACAAUACCUCGACGAGAUGAAGCACCUGAAAAUAUCCGUACAUCCAACCCUUUUCCUGGCCCUGUUCAAAGGCUUUCAUCUUCACGGCGGAUAUGCCGGUUCCGAGUGGAGCGAGAAGCGAUUGCGUGGCGUCUUGGCGGCUCUGUAUCAAGCAAAAGACGGCAACGGCAAAGCCUUCCGCAUCGAGACCUGGGUUGUCAUCUGGGCAUUGAGAGCCGUCAAGAAGUGCUCCUCGCCCGAUGCCGUCCUGGAGACGUUUGACGAACUGUCGCAACGCUGGGAGAUUAAAGGCGAACGACUGCAGUUUAUACACGCCAUAUUGGACAAGAUUGUGCAGAGCAAGGAUAUGAAGUGGUCCAGGAGGAGACAGGCUCGGUGA